CAAAACAUGUGGAAAUCCAUAAUCCCAGUCCCAUGGGCUCCUCUGCUACGCCUCUCCUCAGCUACUACCACCACCGCCACCGUCCACUGGCCCAUCUCUCGUCUCAACCCAGACACCCUAACUCAACACCUGCAAUACACUUCAACCGCCGCUCCAUCAUCUUCCUCUCCACUUUUCUCCCCCUGCCCUCCCCUCUCGCCAUCGCCGCCGAUGAGAAUGUCGUCGACCCACAACCCCCUCAACCACCGCGGCCACCGCCGCCCGACACCACCAUCACCGACCGAUUCUUCAUGGACUUCAGCAUCUGCCCAAACUACUUCCGCUCAGACCGCACAUUUGGUGACGAAUUAUCGGCCUGCCAAGACUCCGAGCUUCUGGGCCGUGUUGUUUUCGGCCUCUACGGCAAACACGUCCCUUUAACCGUCUCUAACUUCAAAGCCAUGUGCACAGGCUCCUCCGGUUCUUCUUACAAAGGCACUCUGGUUCAGAAGAUCUUUCCAGGUGAGUUCCUCAUCGCCGGUCGGCAGGGGCGAAAGGAUAAGGGAGAGGUGCGUCCACCAUUGGAUUUGGCAAGGAACACGGAGACCGUCGAUCCGAGGUCUUUUCUGCUUACCCAUUCGAGGGCUGGUGUUCUGUCGCUAUGUUUGUCUGAGAACGAUGAUGAUGAGCAGAUUAAGCUUGACCCCAAUUAUAGGAAUGCCGAAUUCCUGGUUACUACAGGACCUGGUCCUUGUCCCCAGCUUGAUAAUCGAAAUAUUGUCUUUGGAGCUGUGCUUGAAGGGUUAGAUGUUGUGACAGCAAUUGCUUCCAUCCCAACUUACAAACCAGGUGAACGGAUUCGCCAAUUCAACGACUUUGCUGAGUUGCUUGGAGAUGAAAGAGCCCAGGUUGCACGCACAAUAUGGAACAAGCCUCUUAAGACUGUUUAUAUCAGUGACUGUGGAGAGCUUAAAGUUGCCAAGCCUUCACUGACCCCCAGCCUUCCAUGAUUUGAUGGACAUUAUCAACCUAUUCAGGUAGCAGAGAACAUAUGUAUUUUCAGAUUAUGUUUGUUCUAACUCUUAUUGAGAGAUUUUGUUGUAAAUUCAUUUCACAAGAAACCACAUUGAUUAUUUGAGAAACAGAAUGCAAAGUCUUGCUGACUUCUGUA